UUCAGCAGGCUGCCGUUUGUCUUGUUAACGUCACAUUCUGUCCUUCAGAAGCUCAGUUUUCCAUCCUGACCUUUAACAUCUCCACCACGCUCUGAGGACAGAAUGAAACCACACACUGACUGGAAAAACCACACCACUGCUGCUGACGGGAAACCGUUAGAACGUUCUGUUCAGGGUUCUAACAACGUUUCUCCUCACUUCUGUUCCCCUACAGACAGCAAUAGGAGGACAAACUUUCAGACUUUAACCUCAGGAUGGACGAUCUGAUCUCCAGCUGGUUUCUGGACCGGUUCUCCACUUCCUGAUCUUCUGUCAGGAUGGAUGAUCUGACCUCCAGUUGAUGGUUUCUCUACUCAGAUUCUCCACUUUCUGAUCUUCUGUCAGCUGUUUCUGAGAAACCCACAGCAGACAGGAAGUGGCUUCACCUCAGCGUUGGGUUUAUUUGGAUGACAGUCGGCUGAGAUGAAGACGUCUCUUCUGAAGCUGCUGCUCGCGCUGACCACACCGCUGCACUGCACGUCCAACUCAGCCAUUCUGACUGUGAGUCCCAGAAGAUCUCAGUUUUUUGAAGGAGAUUCUGUUUCUCUGAGCUGUGAGGAUGAAGACAGAUCUGCUGGAUGGACUCUGAGGAGAAACACCACCAGAGAAACCAGAACUCUGUGUAGAGAUGGAUGGGGAGAACAAUCUGGUUCUACUUGUAACAUCGACCACAUAGUUCCACAGGACAGUGGAGUUUACUGGUGUGAGUCCAUGGAGGCAGCAGCCAGUCAGAGCAUCAACCUCACUGUUUCUGGUGGAUCAGUGAUCCUGCAGAGUCCUGUCCUCCCUGUGAUGGAGGGAGAUCCCCUCACUCUGAGCUGUCAAUCAAAGCAGGACUCCCCCCUCCCAGCUGCUUUCUAUAAAGAUGGCUCCCUCAUCAGGACUGAGCCCGGAGGUCACAUGACCAUCCUCCAUGUUUCCAGGUCUGAUGAAGGCCUCUACAGGUGUAACACCAGCAGUCAUGGAGAGUCUCCAUCCAGCUGGAUCUCUGUCACAGUUCUGCUCUCACUGAUGAGCUGCAGAACAAACCAGGUGAAGCUGAACCUGAGUCCCAACAGAUCUCAGUUUUUUAGAGGAGAUUCUGUUUCUCUGAGCUGUGAGGAUGAAGACAGAUCUGCUGGAUGGACUCUGAGGAGAAACACCACCAGAAGAACCAGAACUCAGUGUGGAGAUGGAUGGGGAAGACCAUCUGGUUCCAGCUGUACCAUCAGCAACAUGUUUCCACAUGACAGUGGAGUUUACUGGUGUGAGUCCAUGGAGGCAGCAGCCAGUCAGAGCAUCAACCUCACUGUUUCUGGUGGAUCAGUGAUCCUGCAGAGUCCUGUCCUCCCUGUGAUGGAGGGAGAUCCCCUCACUCUGAGCUGUCAAUCAAAGCAGGACUCCCCCCUCCCAGCUGCUUUCUAUAAAGAUGGCUCCCUCAUCAGGACUGAGCCCGGAGGUCACAUGACCAUCCUCCAUGUUUCCAGGUCUGAUGAAGGCCUCUACAGGUGUAACACCAGCAGUCAUGGAGAGUCUCCAUCCAGCUGGAUCUCUGUCACAGGUAAACCUACAACCUCAGCUCCGCCCCCUUCCUCAGCCCCUCCCCCUUCUUCAGCUCCGCCCCCUGUCUCCUCCUCCCUCCAUCUUGUCUUCAGGCUGCUCUGCCACCUGGUGGUGUUCUGUCCAUACUUCAUCUCUACUGGCCUCAUGGUGUCUUUGUAUCGACACAGAGCUACAGGAAAUGACUUUCCUGUCUCCAUGGUGAUGGCCCCGCCCACACAGGCUGAGCAGGGAUUGGAUGAUGACUAUGAUGACAUCAUCACUGCUGUGACCACGGAGCAUCAGUUCUGAGCUGAACUCAGGAUCCUCCAAUCAGAAAGUGUGUUUAUUUUAUCAUGUAAUUGUGCUGUUUCCUGUCUUUGCGUUCACUUUGUAUCAUUGCUGGGGUUUUUUUAUUUCU